AGUGCCCAAACCUAGCUCCUGGCUGCUCCCCAGCUACCACCACCCACCUCCUCAGGGCUCUCCCAGGCCACACAGCUCCGAAAGCAGUCGGGACCAAGCAAACUCCAGAUCCUUCAGCAUGCCACUGGGAGUAGGGGGCCCUGAGCCUUUGAUCUGCCUUCUCCUCCUUCUGAUCCUGAUGCCCCACAGUCGUGAGGAGGGCCUUCCUCCACAUCGAAGGUUUGAGUACAAGUUCAGCUUCAAAGGCCCACAGCUGGCAUCACCAAGUGCUGGGAUACCUUUCUGGAGUCAUCACGGAGAUGCCAUUCCAGGCCUGGAGGAGGUGCGGCUGGCCCCCUCUCUGAGGAACCGGAGUGGGGCUGUCUGGAGCAGGGCGCCUGCUUUCUUCUCUGCCUGGGAAGUGGAGGUGCAGGUGCGAAUCACCGGACCAGGGCGCAAGGGAGCCCGGGGUAUGGCUGUGUGGUACACUCAGGACCGAGGUUCCAGGAGCACUAUGCUGGGGGGACCGGCCUCCCCAGAUGGCAUUGGGAUCCUCUUUGACUCCUCAGCGGGGGACCCCCUGGUGAGUGGUGUACCCCUGCCUGGACCCUGCUCGCUUUGCUCUGGCCCUUCCUCUGAGCCCGUUCCAAAUGCCCACAGGGAGGCAGCCCCAAAAGUACUAGGCUCUUGCCACCGGGACUUCCGGAACCGGCCAUACCCCUUCAGAGUACGGAUCACCUACUGGGGGCAGAGAUUGCGUGUGUCCCUGAACAGUGGCCUCACUCCCAGUGACCCAGAGGAAGUCUGCACCAAUGUGGGUCCCCUGCUCUUGGCCCCUGGAGGUUUCUUUGGUGUCUCUGCAGCCACCAGCAUCCUGGCAGAUGACCAUGAUGUCCUGUCCUUCUUGACCUUCAGUUUGAGCGAGUGGGGUCCAGAGAUUUCCCCCCAGCCCUUCCUGGAGGAGGAGCAGAUACGGUUGGAGAAGCAGCUGGAAGGACUUCGGGCAAGACUGGCCUUAGGCACCAAGGAGGACCUGAGUCCAGAGCUGAAUUUCCAAGGCCAGGAAGGGGGGGAAGAACAAUCCUUCAACUUAGAGGACACAAUUCGUAGACACAGCCAGGUCCUGCAAGCUCUCCAGACACUCUCCCAACAGCUGGGCCAGGCUGGCAGAGAAUGGAAGCGGCUGCUGGGGUCCUCAGGUCAAGGAGUAUGGGAUUUUGCCAAAGUCAGUGCCCUUCUCCAAGGUCAGCAGAACCUGCUCCAGGCACUCCGGGAGACUCGGGAUGCAGCUGCUCAGAUGGUCUCGAGGGUCCAGGUUUCCUACCUACCUGUGGGCACCAAGCAUCACUUCCUCGAGCUGACACAGACCCUGAGCCACCUGCAGAAGGAUCUGCGGGGCCAGGUGAAAGCAGCAACCAAGGACACCCGCCCUCCAGGCCGACUCUCAGGGACCUCCCCAUGCCUGAGGCCUGGAAGUUUCCUGUUCUUCCUGAUCAUCCAGACCAUGGGCUUCUUCUGUUACGUGCACUUCAGGCAGGAUCUGGACAAGAACCUUCGGGAGUAUUUGUCUUCAGGCCGACUUCCUUUGAGUCCUGCACCUCCAUUUCCCAAGAGUCUGGGGGUGCUCAGAAGACAGCCCCUUCCUCGUAGUGAGCAUGCAUAA